GUACAUUUUCCCUAUCUCGCAUGGCAUCAUUAUUCCUAAACAUUUUCGGGUUCAAUCAUUACAUAUCUGUAUAUAUUGUAUAAUUUAUUCAAAAUGUCAUGCUUCACCUGCUCAUCGUUUUUUGGCAGACUACCAAUGGAAACCGAUGAUCCGAUACUAAAGCGAUUGCCACGUGGCGCUAGACCGUGGGCGGUACUUGUAGGUGGUGUGAUGUGUAUGGUGACUUUUGGAAUCGUUUAUACUUGUGGUAACCUUCUACCGUACCUUGUCUCGUAUUUCCGAUGGAAAAUGUAUCCAGAUAUGAGGACGGGGCAAUUGAUUUGGUUGCAGACACUUUUGAGCGGUCUCCCGAUGGGAAUGGUGAUUGGUGGUCUUGUAGAGAGAAAGUUUGGUGGAAGAGCUGGUGCACUUUUAGGUUCAAUUAUUUAUACAAUUGGUGUUGGAUCAACAUUCUACUCAAUUCAACACUCCUACGCCGCAACACUGCUUACGAUGGGAGGCAUCGCAAGCGUCGGAAGUAGCAUUGCCUACAGUUCCAUUUUGCCAACUGCUCAGAGGUGGUUCCCUGACAAUGUCGGCCUAGCCGGAGGCAUCAUAAUCGGUGGAUAUGGAUGUGGUGCAUUCAUCCUGUCACCCCUUCAAACCACUUUUAUCAAUCCAUUAGAUUAUCGUGUCAACGAUCAAGGAUUCUUCACUCAAGAGGAUCUUUUGGAACGGGUUCCCUACGUUUUCAUCGUGAUGUCCAUCUUUUUUACGGUUUUUCAAUCGAUUGGGCUCAUUUUUAUCGGGCAACCGGAAGGCGAUAUUCACGUUGAAACGGAGAAUUUGAUUGGGACGAACAGUGAAAUUCGCGUGGAACAGGCGAGGGUUUGGCCGCAGUUACGAACCACAACUUUCCUAGUACUAUUCCUGUCGUUGACAUGCAAUGCCGUUUGGGUCCAACUCACAAGUGGUCUCUACAAAGCUUAUGGGCAACAAUUUAUCGAUUCUGACUUCUUUUUGAGCUUGAUCGGAUCGAUAUCCUCGAUUUUCAACGCUGGGAGCAGAGUUUUUUGGGGUGCAAUUGCGGAUACGACAUCCUAUCAAUUUUCCAUGUCGAUUGUGUGCAGCCUGGGAGCAGUUUUGGCAUUUUCGAUGCCACUGGUGAAAAUGGUAUCCAAUGAUGUUCUGUUUUUGGCCACCGUUUGUCUGAUGUUUUCCUGCAUCGGAGGCACAUUUUCAAUCUUUCCUUACAUCACGCACAAGUGUUUUAGUAAGGCGAAUUUCAGUGUUAUGUAUGGAUUUUUGCAGUGUGCAGUGAGUGUCGCCGGACUAAUCGCUGGACUCAUUUCAACACAUGCUCUUUCUGAAAUCGGAUUUGAAUAUCUUUUCAUUGUUUGUGGAUGCUUCAUGUUGACCUCACUUUUCCUCACUUUUAUCGUCCACAAAACCGAUUUAGCUCAGUUGUUGGUUUCUGCUGAACGAGAACAUUUGGAAGAGGAUGAGAAUGGAUAUCAAGUUUAUCAGUAAUUGGUGCACUCAUGUUAUAGCUUCUUAUCAAUUUCCUAGAAAAUCAACUCAAACCUGUGAUGAUCCAUUUGUUUCCCGUUACCUCUAUCUUACAACUUGUUCCAUAAAAUUGUUUCUUC